AUGGCGACGUACGAACAGCUCAAAAAGGUUUUAGACCACGAGACCAAGCUCGUGAGCAAGCCGCUGGCCUUCGAUAAAGAGGUGCGCGAGUUUGUGAAAAGCGUGGAGGAGGACGACGUGACAGAGACCAACAUUAUCCGCGUGCUCAAUUCCACAAACAAGUAUUUAAGCAAAAGAUACGGCCAGUUCUUCCACAGACAAGCGAUUCUGCAAAUCAUCCAACAGGUCUUGAACAACGAACACGCACUGGACCUGGAGAAAAAACGCAAACUGCUGGAAUUGAACGAGAUCUUGAUCAACUUCAAACCAGAGGGAUUGGUGGACCUGAACGGUAACUACAAUGACGAGCGCGGAGCAAGCAACAUAAACAUCAACGGGGUGGUGGACCUGAAGCAGGAAGAGGUUAUGGGCAUGAUCGACGAGCUUCCGGAAUCGACGCGGCUGACGGCCAAAGAUCCGGAGUUGCUCGAGAAAUAUCAACUGGUCAAGGCGCAGCUGUCGUCGAACCGAGCCAGACUGCUUGAACUGCAAGGCAAGACGAAAUACUACCGGGAAACCAGAAAGAAGCUCGAGGAACUGACGGAACCAACACAGGACCCGGACUCGACGCUCCAGAAGAACCUGGUGCUCAACACAAACGACCAGCUGGUGAACCAGGUGUCGCAGACCAGGAUCCUGCUGGCCAUGGUGAAAGAGAAGCUGCAAGACGGCCAGUUUGCGGAAAAAAUACAGGAAAAACUCAAGGUGGACCUCAAAUAG